AUCCCCCGAGUUCCCAAAACCCUGAUCGUAAGACACCGCGGACUUCAUCACCAAAAAAAAAAAACGAAAACUUUUUGUCCGAGAAUGGCGAAAAUCGAGAGCUUGGAAGAUUUCGUGAAGGUACACGGCGUAUUGUUGACGGCGUCGGGUUUGCCGGAGAAGCUCUACGGUCGGCUCUUCGAGAAGCUCUCGUCGGAGACGUUCGACGGCGGAGCUAACUUUCAGAUCGAGCUCUGUGAGGACGGUAGGCAACGAAGGCUUGUCCUCACUUCAGAUUCCAUGCCCAAAGAUUCCGACGUCUUCCUCGUCGACCACGCCUGGACUUUUCGCCUUCCCGAUGCCUACAAGCAGCUUCAGGAAGUUCCGGGUUUAGCUGAGAGGAUGGCUUCCUUAAUGUGUGUGGACACUGAUUUCGAGGAUAAUGUUGAAGAAACGGUUGGUGAGGAGAAACUCGGAAUUGAUCAGAUACUCGAGAAUGAAAUUCUUUAUGCAGCGGAGAAAGGAUACGAGUCUGUUAAAUGGUUGGAGCUGGAAGGUCUUGGCAUAGAUGAUGACACAUUGGUGUCUCUAAAUUUGGCCAGUAAAUUUCAGGAUUUAGUGGCGUUUAGUCUUUUGGGGAACAAAAUCGAGAGUGUGGAAGCGGCUGUACAAGAAGUUACAAAAUUUAAGCAUCUAAAGGCUCUGUGGCUGAAUGACAAUCCUGUUCUUCAGAUGAGUGACAGUCAGAUGGCUGAUGCAAUAUUGCAAGGCUGUCCGGAGCUGGAAAUCUGCAACUCGAGCUUCACUCCUAAUUAUGGGUUGUGGGCACUUGGUUUCUGUGCAGAUGUCUUUGGGAAGGAUACCCCUGGUUGUGGUCAGCAGGAUCAACCCUUGUGUGAUGUCACCUCACUUGACCUUUCAAACCGGUCUAUUCACAAUCUGGUCAAUAAGGCAUUCACUCCACAUGAAUUGCCGUUACUGUCUCAUCUAAAUAUUCGUGGAAAUCCAUUGGAAGAGAAUUCAGUUGGAGAACUGUUUGAAGUUUUGAAGCAUUUCCCUGCAUUGUCUUCUUUAGAGGUUGACAUACCUGGACCUCUUGGAACCAGUGCCAUAGAUAUUCUUGAAUCUCUUCCAAAGCUGUCUCUCCUAAAUGGUGUUGAUACAGCUAAAAUCUUGGAAAAUGAGAAGCAUGUUGUUGACUCAAUGCUCCAACCUCGUCUUCCUGAGUGGAAUCCUGAGGAUAGUCUUGCUGAUCGUGUUCUCAAUGUGAUGUGGCUAUAUGUAUUGACUUAUCGUCUUGCAGAUGAGGAGAAGAUAGACGAAACCUCCUUGUGGUAUGUAAUGGAUGAACUAGGUUCAGCUCUGAUGCAUAGUGACGAACCCAAUUUCAGAGUGGCUCCUUUCCUUUUCAUGCCUAACGGAAACCUAGAAUCUGCUGUGAGCUAUUCACUAUUGUGGCCUAUCAGAAAUACACAUAAAGAUGAUGAAUGCACUCGUGAUUUCCUAUCGGGUAUUGGGGAAGACAAACAACGGUCCGCCAGACUUACAGCUUGGUUUCAUACUCCUAAGAACUAUUUCAUUCAUGAGUUUGAGAAAUACCAACAGAAACUGCAGUCACAAUCUUUCCAGACUCUCCCGGUGAAGCCUCCAGUUACCCGAAGCAUACACAACAAUGACGGGUCUCCUUUGCGGGUAUACACUGAUGUACCUCAAGUUGAAGAAUUCUUGACUCGUCCUGAAUUCGUUAUCACAAAUGAACCGAAGGAUGCAGACAUUAUAUGGACAAGUAUGCAGGUGGAUGAAGAGACGAAAAAGGCGGUGGGCAUAACGGAUAGCCAAUACAUAAAUCAGUUUCCAUUUGAGGCUUGCCUGGUUAUGAAGCAUCAUCUUGCAGAGACCAUUCAAAAGGCACAUGGACUGCCAAAAUGGCUGCAGCCUACUUAUAAUCUCGAAACACAGUUGUCUCAGUUCAUCGGGGAUUAUUCUGUACGGAAACGAGAUGGGCUGAACAAUUUGUGGAUCUUAAAACCGUGGAAUAUGGCACGGACAAUUGACACAAGCAUAACUGAUAACUUGUCUGCUAUUAUCCGUAUGAUGGAAACCGGCCCUAAGAUCUGCCAGAAGUACAUUGAGCUUCCUGCUUUGUUCGAGAAGAAGAAAUUUGAUAUGCGAUACAUUGUUCUGCUACGGAGUAUUGAUCCGUUGGAGAUUUUCCUGGCAGAUGUCUUCUGGGUUCGAUUGUCUAACAACCCCUAUUCACUGGAGAAACACAGCUUCUUUGAAUACGAGACGCACUUUACUGUCAUGAACUAUGGUCGGAGAUUAAAUCACAAGCCUACAGCAGAAUUCGUGAGAGAUUUUGAACAAGAACAUAACGUAAAAUGGCCGGAUAUCCACGAGAAAGUAAGGAAAAUGAUACGGGCAGUAUUUGAGGCGGCUGCUUUCGUACAUCCCGAGAUGCAUUCUCCCAAUUCUCGGGCCAUGUAUGGCGUAGAUGUAAUGCUUGACAGUUCUUUCGAGCCGAAGAUUUUAGAGGUAACUUACUGUCCUGACUGCAUGAGAGCUUGCAAAUACGAUAUGGAAGCCAUAGGCGGAGGAGAAGGAAUCAUCAAAGGCCGAGAUUUCUUCAAUUUAAUGUUCGGUUGCCUCUUCUUGGACGAGACGGCUCAUGUAAGUCCCUUGUGAGUUGCCAAUGGGUUUUGUCCCAAAGCUCUGACAUCAUGUUUCUGUUCCCUUUUUUUUAAGACAUGUUUCUAUGUUCAAAUCUGUCGUGAAAGUUCUGUGGUUUUGCUGAGGGAAUUGUGCAAAAUCUUUUACUUCAAGUUCAAGUGCAUGUUCUUGUGAA